AUGGAGGAUGGGAGGAGGAGAUACUGCGAGGCAUUUCUUAACAUGGUUACAGCAAAGAAUAAAUGGCAUUUAUUUGAUGCUACAGAGACAAAGGAGCUGGAGGAUUGUUCUGCCGCUAAUAGAAUUCUGAAAAACAAUUCGUACGCACAUCCAACUCGGUCUCGCGUUGCUGUCCAACUUGACGCCCUUCACUUUGGAAAUAAAUUAUUUUGUGGUCUUUUAAUAAGGUCUGCGAUAAAUCACAAUGGGCACAAAUUCGAUCAAAUUCGAUGCUUGAGUAGCCUUGCCGGUAUCUCAAAUCCAUCAAUUAGCAGAGUAAUUGAUAAUAACCAGAAAGAUUUUGGUUUCACAUUAGGAAAUUUGUAUAAUAACACUAUUAAAAAGCGAGGGUUUCUUGGCUGCGGUGACGGUGAAGAAGGCAGUGUUCUAUCGAAGGUUUAUGAAGAGAGGCGUGUUUUAGGGUAUUCUCCGGAGCAGUUAUUUGAUGUGGUUGCAGCUGUUGAUUUGUAUCAUGGGUUUGUACCAUGGUGUCAGCGGUCGGAGAUACUGAAACGGUAUCCGGAUGGAUCAUUUGAUGCGGAGUUGGAGAUUGGUUUUAAGUUUCUUGUUGAGAGUUAUGUUUCUCAUGUAGAAUUAAACAGACCGAAGUCUCUUAAGACAACUACAUCAGAGAGUAACCUCUUUGAUCAUUUGAUAAAUAUUUGGGAAUUCAAUCCGGGGCCAGUUCCAGGAUCUUGUGACCUUUAUUUUCUAGUGGACUUUAAAUUCCAGUCACCGCUUUACAGACAGACAUUUGAUGAAGGCACUAAGGUGGCAUCUGUGUUUUUCAAGGAGGUAGUCUCCCGACUGGUUGGUUCAUUCAGUGACCGCUGCCGUUUGAUAUACGGACCAGGGGUCCCAGUUUUUGAGAAUUCCUACGGAGAGAAGGCAUAG